UCGACUCGGGUCGGUCAGUCGGUGCGGCUCGGCCCGGCCCACCACGCACUGCGCAUCCGCCCCAGAGCAAGACCCACGAACUCCAAUAAAUCCCGUCGUGCGUUAUUCCUCCAUCGGCUUUCCUUCCUCCCCUUCCUUGCUCUCCUCGAUCCCUCGCCGCCGCUGGUCCGGCUUCGUAUUUCUCGCAGGUCCUCGCGGAACGGAGUCCAUCGGCGCCCAAGAUGGCUGGUCACCGAAACAGUCAUGGAAAACGGCACUCUGAUUAUGCUGAAAACGGAGGUGGUAAGAGAAGAAAUCCUGGUGAUGAUUCCUAUGCUCCUGGUCCUGAUGAUACUGUGUAUCGCUACCUCUGUGCCUCUAGAAAAAUUGGGAGUAUCAUUGGCCGUGGUGGAGAGAUUGCGAAGCAGUUGAGGGCCGAGACUCAAGCUAAGAUUAGAAUUGGCGAGAGUGUUCCUGGCUGUGAGGAGCGAGUUAUCACAAUAUUUAGCUCAAGCAGGGAAACUAAUACCAUUGACGAUGCUGAAGAUAAGGUUUGCCCUGCUCAGGAUGCUCUCUUUAGAGUUCAUGAGAGGCUUGCUUCUGAUGAGGGUCCUGGGAAUGAAGACAGUGAAGAAGUUUUACCUCAAGUUACUGUUCGCUUGCUUGUGCCAUCAGAUCAGAUAGGAUGCAUUAUUGGAAAAGGUGGGCAUAUCAUCCAAGGAAUCCGCAGUGAGACUGGUGCGCAAAUACGUGUGCUUAGUAAUGAUCAUAUCCCAGCAUGUGCCAUUAAUGGUGAUGAACUUCUCCAGAUAUCCGGGGAUGCCGUAGUUGUCAGAAAGGCUCUUCAUCAAGUGUCAUCUCGCCUCCAUGACAACCCAUCUAAGUCACAGCAUCUUCUUGCAUCCAGCUUGACCCAACCUUAUGCAGGGAGCUCACACCUUGGUAGCUCAUCUUCUGCACCUGUUGUUGGGAUUACUCCUGUAAUUCCUGCUUAUGGAGGAUACAAAGGUGAGGUGGCAGGAGAUUGGCCCUCUGUGUAUCAACCACGGAGGGAUGAGAGCUCUGCAAAGGAGUUUAGUUUGCGUUUACUUUGUGCUGCUGCUAACGUGGGAGGUGUAAUCGGGAAGGGUGGUGGAAUUAUCAAACAGAUUAGGCAGGAAUCUGGGGCUUUUAUUAAAGUGGAUAGCUCCAAUUCAGGUGCUGAAGAUGAUUGCAUAAUUACAGUUUCUGCAAAAGAGUUCUUUGAAGACCCUGUCUCUCCAACAAUUGAUGCUGCAAUUCGUUUGCAGCCUAGAUGCAGCGAGAAAAGUGAUGCAGAAUCAGCAGAACCAUCAUACACAACACGUCUGUUGGUGUCUACAUCACGUAUUGGGUGUCUAAUUGGCAAAGGUGGUUCGAUCAUUACUGAGAUACGGAGACAUUCAAGAGCAAACAUACGCAUCCUUUCAAAGGAAAAUGUUCCAAAGGUAGCCGCAGAAGAUGAAGAGAUGGUUCAGAUCAGUGGAGGCCUUGAUGUUGCAAGACAUGCUCUUCUGCAAAUAGCUGCAAGGCUGAAAGCCAAUUUCUUCGAAAGAGAGGGUGCUUUAUCUGCAUUUCCACCUGUGAUCCCUUAUCAUCCUUUGCCUGCUGGUGUUUCGGAUGAACCAAAGUAUCUAAGCAGAGACACUAAGCCUGUUGGGCAUUAUCUAUAUUCAAGUGGUUUUCGAGGAUCAGAUGAUAUGAUUCCUUCUGACAGCUAUGGAAGUUAUAGCAGCUCCCAGGCACCUGGUGGAGGAUAUGGGGCUUACAGUGGGUACAGUGGCCGCUCAACCAACAGUGGGUUAUCUGGUCACAGUUCUCUUCCCUAUGGAAAGCGUCAUGGUUAUUAGGACCUAGAUUUGUUGAAUAAAACAGGUAUGGUUUCUUCAACCUUGUUUUGACUUGCAAGAAUGAUUAAUGUGAUGUGCCUUCCUCGCCUUAAUGCUUUGCUGCCUUUUUAACACAUUUAACCCAGCUCAGCUAUCUUCUGAUGGACCUGUUCUUUUCACCUUUGCCCCCCUGCUCCCCUCCCGCACUAAAAACAGCCAAGACAAUGAAGUUUGGAGCCUGCUUAUUGGAGCCCCCUUCCCAAACCAGAUGACCAAGAGUAUUGCCCAACCUGGAAGCUUUGCUUAGGAGGACCUGUCUGGAUGCCAUAGACCAUCUGAUUUUCCUCAAACUACAUUACUUAUAUCUUCCUCCGGGCCUGUGUUUGUAGCCCUGCCGUAAAUGUUCCGAACCUAUGUAUUUAAGGUCGCAUUUGAGUUUGCGUGUAUUUGCUCGUUUGAAACCUGCUUCAGUUUAGCGCUUUUGUUGAAAUACUUUUUUUUCCUAUGUGCCACCCAAAAGCCAGGAAGGUGUUACUUGAAAAACAAACUAGGGAGAUGUUACUUGGCAUUCUGUGAGAUGCAGGUUACUUCUCAGAGAUGUGACUGUUAUCCUUAAAAGUAACACUAGAACCACAUGCCAUUCUUGAAAGUAGAGACCGCAUAUACCAAACUUGUUCCUGUUAGCCAACAUUUCACAAGAUGAUUGCACUGCUGCAACUUGCAACAUCCUUAUGAUACUCAAUGAGCUUGAAAUGUGCUAUAGGAUGGAAAACAUUUUUAUGUAUUUCAAUGUGAUGUUUUGAAGUUUAAGUUUUUACUUGGUUAUAGAUUUUAUAUAUUUUGGUGUGAAUAGCUAAGAUCUUAACUGUAGAUAGCUGGAAACUUAGCAUGCAUAGAUCACAAUGAUCUUGAAAUGCACUAGCGCAUCUCAUGAUCUUAUUGAGUCUUGUAACCUCGCUCUCAUGCAUAUGUUGUUCUGAUUCUUAAAUAAGUGUUGCUGAUUUAGUGGUAGUCAUGCACUUGUCCUGUCGGGUGAACUGUAUGCUAAAAUCUAGCUAAGUGAAGGUACCAGUUUUAGAUCACAGGAGGCGGGGGUACCAGUUUUAGAACACAGGAAGUGGUUCAUGGGGUGAAGGCACAGCCCCAAUGUUUUGCAGGUUGACAAUGUAUUUUAUCUAGAAGCUUAAAGUUUACAGGACUAGGUAACCUUAUGAAGCAUGAACUCCUUGGUAUCUACAGUAGGAAUCUUGUUAACUCAUGAUGGUGCAGGAACAUACAAAAGGUAAGCAGCUAAUAGCUAUUGCAGGCUUUGUAAGGCUGAAAGGAACUAGCCCUGGAGUUGCACAUAAUUGCUACCAUACUGUGCCUGCGUAGCUCACAUUGUAUCUUCUACAUGUCAUUAGAGGGACAACUGUUGUACGUCUGUAUGCAAGUUCUGAUGGUUUUAUACUUUGAUCAGCAAAGUUUGUGUUAAUAAUGAAUUCAGUUUGGUGUUAUACCAUUCGAUUA